GAUUGUGACUUCUAUCCUGUUCACGUAUAGAUUGUCUCUGCUUCUAUCAAAUUUUGCUUCUAUUCAUCUUGCCUCCUUGGUGUGUAAUGUUUUGAAGAAUAUGGAGCGAGUUUGUAAGAAGUGAUCAUUCAAUAAUAUGUGAUAGAAGUUGUUUAUUGAUCACAUUCAUAAUGCCUGCUGUACUUAUCUACAUCGAAGUGGAAAACUUCAAGUCUUACAAAGGAAAUUUAACAAUUGGACCGUUGAAAUCAUUUACAGCUGUCAUUGGACCAAAUGGAUCAGGAAAAUCAAAUUUCAUGGAUGCUGUCAGUUUCGUUAUGGGGGAGAAGACUUCCAGUUUACGAGUGAAGCGUUUAAGUGAUCUCAUUCACGGUGCUUCCAUUGGGCAACCAGUUUCCAGAUCUGCAUCUGUGACUGCAGUGUUUGAGCUUGAAGAUGGUACAGAGAAGCGGUUCACUCGAAGUGUCCAGGGCUCCUCUUCAGAUCACAGACUCAAUAGAGAGCCGGUCAGCAGCCAGGUGUAUCUGUCCGAGCUGGAGAAACUAGGAAUCAACGCGAAGGCCAAGAAUUUCCUCGUCUUCCAAGGAGCGGUAGAGUCCAUUGCAAUGAAGAAUCCAAAAGAGAGAACAGCUUUGUUUGAAGAAAUAAGUGGAUCGGGUGCUUUGAAAGACGAGUACGAGCGCCUCCGAGCGGAAAUGCUGAAAGCGGAGGAAGAGACUCAGUUCACGUAUCAGAAGAAGAAGGGCAUCGCUGCAGAAAGGAAGGAAGCGAAGUUGGAGAAGGAGGAGGCGGAAAAGUACCAGAGGCUGAAGGAAGAUCUGGGGGACAAGCAGGUGGAGCUGCAGCUGUUCCGGCUGUACCACAACGAGCGCGACAUAGAGCGGCUGGAGCGCGAGCUGGAGAAGAAGCAGCACGAGGUGAAGAAGGUGGAGAAGAAGCGGGAGAAGGCGGAGGAGCAGCUGAAGGAGAAGAAGAAGGAGUGCGGCAAGCUGGGCCGCGAGCUGGCCAAGGUGGAGCAGGACCUGCGCGAGAUGGAGGUGGAGAUGAACAAGAAGCGGCCGACGUUCAUCAAGUCGAAGGAGCGGGUGACGCACAUCCAGAAGAAGCUGGAGUCGGCGCGCAAGUCGCUGGCGCAGGCGAAGAAGGCGGACUCGGCCCACGAGCAGGACAUCCGCGAGCUGGAGGACGAGCUGGCCGAGGUGGACCAGAAGAAGAAGGAGUACGAGGAGAUGGUGGCGGGCGAGUCGCAGAGCCAGGGCCGCGACGUGCACCUCGAGGACGUUCAGCAGGUCCAAGAGUACCACCGCCUGAAGGAAGAGGCGGCCAAGCGCUCGGCCAUGUACCUGCAGCAGCUGGACUCGGUGAACCGCGAGCAGAAGUCGGACCAGGACCGCCUGGACAACGAGUUCCGCAAGAAGACGGAGAUCGAGAACCGGCUGCGGCAGAAGGGCCACGAGAAGGAGGAGGCGCAGAAGAGGAUAGAGAAGCUCACCGAGCACAUCAAGACCAGCGAGGCGGCGCUGGAGGACCAGAAGCGGCUGCGGGAGGAGCUGCAGACGGACGUGGGCACCUCCAAGGAGCGCGUGCAGGAGCUGCAGAAGGAGCUGGAGACGGUGGUGGAGCAGCUGGGGGACGCCCGCGUCGACAAGCACGAGGACUCCCGCCGCAAGAAGAAGCAGGAGAUCGUCGAGAACUUCAAGAGGCUGUACCCGGGCGUGUUUGACCGCAUGAUCAACAUGUGCCAGCCCAUCCACAAGCGCUACAACGUGGCCAUCACCAAGGUGCUGGGCAAGUACAUGGAGGCCAUCGUCGUGGACACGGAGAAGACCGCCCGCCAGUGCAUCCAGUACCUCAAGGAGCAGAUGCUGGAGCCCGAGACGUUCCUGCCGCUCGACUACAUCCAGGCCAAGCCCCUGAAGGAGCGGCUCAGGAACAUCAAAGAGCCCAAGAACGUGAAGCUGCUGUUCGACGUGCUCCACUACUCCCCGAUGGAGAUCAAGCGAGCCGUGCUGUUUGCCACGAACAACGCCCUCGUGUGCGAGACCCCAGAGGACGCCAUGAAAGUGGCCUACGAAAUGGACAAGAACAGAUACGACGCCGUGGCGCUGGACGGCACAUUCUACCAGAAGUCGGGCAUCAUCUCCGGGGGCAGUCUGGACCUCGCCCGGAAGGCGAAGCGCUGGGAUGAGAAGCACAUGUCGCAGCUGAAAGCCACGAAGGAGAAGUUGACGGAGGAACUGCGCGAUGCCAUGAAGAAGUCCCGCAAGGAAUCCGAGCUGAACACCGUGGACUCGCAGAUCCGGGGGCUGGAGACCAGGCUCAAAUACUCAAAGACUGACAAGGAAAAUACAUUGAAACAGAUAGCACAGUUGGAGUCCGAAUUGGAUUCUUUGAAAACCAAGUCUGAUAAUUUUGGGCCGACGAUCGCGGAGAUCGAGCGCACGAUGAGGGCCCGCGACCAGCAGAUCCAGGAGAUCAAGGAGAACAUGAACAACGUUGAGGACAAGGUGUUCGCCAAGUUCUGCACCCAGAUCGGGGUCGAGAACAUACGGCAGUACGAGGAGCGCGAGCUCAGGUCACAGCAAGAAAGGAUGAAGAAGAGGAUGGAAUUCGAAAACCAGCGUAACCGCAUCUUAAAUCAGCUGGAGUUUGAGAAAACUAGAGACACGCGAAACAACGUGCUGCGCUGGGAGCGGGCGGUGCAGGACGACGAGGACGCGCUGGAGGCGGCCAAGCAGGCGGAGCAGAAGCAGAUGGCGGACAUCGAGAAGGACAUGCGCGAGCUGGACGUGCUCAAGUCAGAGCGCACCACCAAGAAGAGCGAGGUGGACGCCAUGGAGGACCUCAUCGGGAAGGCUCGUCGCGAGAUGGGGAGCAUCGCGAAGGACAUCCAGGCUGUGCAGAAGCAGCAGACGGCUCUGGAAUCCAAGAUAGAGCAGAGGCGGGCCGAUCGGCACAGCAUCCUCAAACAGUGCAAGAUGGAAGACAUAGCCAUUCCGAUGCAGCGAGGGAACAUGGAGGAUAUAGCGCAGGAGUCGUCUGUUAUGGACGCGUCUGAGAACUCGUCCUUGGAGAACACUUCUUUGAGUGUGCAGCAAAUUUAUGAUCGAGAGAGCAGGAUCGUCAUCGACUACACGCAGCUGCCGGAGAACCUGAAAGAGCUCGACGAGCCGGACGACGUGAAGAAGAUGGGCGACCGCCUGAACCGGGCCAUCAACGACCUUCAGAACACCAUCCAGAGGAUCCAGGCCCCCAACAUGCGGGCGAUGCAGAAGUUGGACCUGGCUCGCGAGAAGCUGCAGGAGACGAACGAGGAGUUCGAAAUCGCGCGCCGGGCCGCGAGGAAGGCGAAGCUCACCUUCGAGCGGGUGAAGAAGGACCGACACGACCGGUUCAUGGACUGCUUCGAGCACGUGGCCAACGAAAUCGAUAAUAUAUACAAGUCGCUGGCGAAGAACCAGUCGGCGCAGGCCUUCCUGGGCCCGGAGAACCCGGAGGAGCCGUACUUGGACGGCAUAAACUACAACUGCGUGGCGCCCGGCAAGAGGUUCCAGCCCAUGUCGAACCUGUCUGGCGGGGAGAAGACGGUGGCCGCCCUGGCGCUGCUGUUCGCCAUUCACAGUUACCAGCCGUCACCGUUCUUCGUCCUGGACGAGAUCGAUGCAGCGCUCGACAACACUAACAUAGGGAAGGUGGCGAGCUACAUCAGGGACAAGACCACGUCUCUGCAGACCAUCGUGAUAUCCCUCAAGGAGGAGUUCUACAGCCAUGCCGACGCUCUCAUCGGGAUCUGCCCUGAUGCCGGAGAGUGUUUGGUCAGCAAAGUCCUCACGCUGGACCUGACCCAGUUCCCGUCUCACAUCUGAGCCCGAGGGAACACGCGUAUCGCUUGUGGCAUUGUGUGAAGAUCGGAAGGAGAAAUAUACCGUACUAUGAACAGUACAAAUAAUGUUUCUGACAGCAUUUUUUUUAAAUGACUUUUAUUCAAGGAUUUAAUUAGGAUCAUGUUUCUAUGUUUUUUUUUCUUUUGCAUUGAAAUAUGUUUUCUCGUGUGUCUUGAUCAUUGUGCAAGUAUCCUAAGAUGACUGAAAGAAGUCUACAUACUAGUGAUGGGUUCGUCCCGGUUCUCAGCAAAUUAACUGGUACAAAGAACCAUAAGUAUAAUCCCGGUACCACAGAGAGCUUAACAGCCCAACCUUUCAGUGGUGAAAAUACAAUAUAGUCUUACUGUGUAAAAACGUAGUAAAAAUGCUGUUGUAAGGGGGGGACAUAUAUUUUGCAUACAUUCUAACUUCCAUUUCAGCCCUUUUUGACAGUGAACGAGAGAUCCGUAAACCUUGAAAAUGGCCGCCGAGAUCGCAACCUUUUUUUCGUCCCUCUUUUCACUUGGAGACAGGGAUGAUAAUUUUAACUAAAAGUAGACCUGUGAAAAAAAUAACUGCAGGCUAGUAAUUAUUUUAUGUGCUUAAAUUAAAUAUCAACUCUACAAGAAAAACAUUUUUACCAGACUUAAUAUGUAUCACUAGAUUUAUAAUCCACCCCAGAGACAUUCAGCACCUGUACUGCCCAGGGGCUAGGUACUGUAUUUACUUUCAAAUGAGUUGCCCCUUUGUAUGGGUCGCAUCCUUAAUUUUGGCAAAAAAAAAAAAAAAAAAAAAACACUUUACUGUAAGAGUCACCCUCGAAUAUGAGUCGUGCCAUGAAUCUGUCUCCAGUAGAAUACAAGUGAAGUAUUUAUGUUUCUGUGUCUCAGCUUAUUCCCCCGUAAGAAACACAGCGCCCUUCCCCUCUCCUACCUUUAUGGCCAUUCCCGUCAUCCCUCCUCGCUAAGCACUAUCUAAAAAAAAUAAAAAGGAAAUGUGUUUCCACCCCUCCCCCGACAUUAUUUUUUACCUGUCACCUUCCCCAAGAGACCUUCCCCAAAAAGACCACCAUACUUCAAUAAUAAACAUGCUCUUUACAGCAGUUUUGUCAUGAAUGGAAUGUUGCAGUAGAAAGCGUUUGAAAUCUCAUGGGGGGGGGGGGGGGAUGUUUAAACACAGUUGUCGCAAAAACCUGUAGGCAUAGAAAUGUGAUGUUUGAGUAUGGUAACAGUUCAAAAACAUUUAAUGCUCCAAAAAAAAAAAAAAAAACUUUUCUCGCUGGUUUAAUUUUAGACUCCCCCUCUUGCUGGGCUGGCUCAAAUUGGAAAAUUUGCAUGUGGGACGCAGUACAGUUUAUUAAACAAAAAAAUUGGCACAAAAUCUUUGACCCAUAUGCGGGUAAAUACUACAGUACUUAUUUGUAGUGGAAUUAUGGUGAAGUUAGGCCCUUAAAAGUCAUAUUGAACAAAUAAACAUGUCAUCUAUCAGGACAUACUAUAUUUUUUGGUGUGACUGGAAGUUGUGCGAGGAAGUAACCUAGAACAGAGUACUGAGAACUGAUUUUCAAGGACUGGACCCGAACUAAGACUCGGUGAUAAAUGUAGAACCGGCCCAUCAUUAGUACGUAACAUUGAAUUUGGGAAAUGUACAUAAGACUGUUGAAAAAAAAAAAUUAGCCAUGAGA